AUCGGACGAUAACGCAGAGCCUUCCACGAUACCCACGAUUUGCGUGGUGAAUUUGCUCAGAACGACAGGAGGCGCCCGUAGCACUCGAAGACCAAAGAUAAUAAUAAUAAUGCUCCGGCUGUCAUCUUGUGGUUCCUUUUCGACUUGUUUCGGAUGCGUUCGUACAUGUUAAGGUUCCGCCCGUUGAAAGAAAACACCUUGACCGUCACAACCUCGCAAAUCCUUUUGAGAAGAGUAUGCCGGGCUUCACACUACCAUUAUUUGUUUUCAUUCAUAGCCGUCGCGCAACCGGAGAUUCUUGCGUGGCUCGUCCAGAAUCGGCUGAAGAUCGACUGCACUUUUCCGGUUCUUGGAUAUGGAAGACUCCAAAGCGCCAUCGGAAACCGGCCACCAAAUGUACCGGUUGGAGUCCUUUCUAUCUUCGUUCCGUAG